AUGGACGAUAUUGGCGGGUUCAGUGGAGUAGUAAAACUUUCAAACGUUUCUGAUUUCAUUGCGCCAAACUUGGAUUGCAUCAUACCUCUUGAAACGAAACGCGUGAAAAAAGCGGAACCUACGGUACAAAUUCGGACAAAAGAAGAGCGGAAAAAACCGAAAAUUGAAUCGAUCAAAAUUUCUUUGGCUGAUUGUUUAGCUUGUAAUGGUUGUAUUACGAGUGCGGAAACUGUUUUAAUAGAGGAACAAUCGCUCUCAAAGGUCUGGGAAUCUGUCGCCACUUUCCGAUUGUCGAUUGUCACGGUUAGUCCUCAAGCAGUAUGUUCGAUAGCAGCGAAACUCGCAAUACCGGUAGAGGAAACUGCGCGAAGAAUUUCUCGAUUCUUUAUUUCACGAGGAGUUCGACAUGUUGUUGACUCGUCAUUUGGACGGCAGUUCUGUUUAUCACUUCUCAUGGAGGAAAUGGAAUCGGUGCCUUCAACUAGUCGACCGUUGCUUUCUUCGGCUUGCCCAGGGUUUGUAUGCUACGCCGAAAAGAGCCAAGGAGAGCUUUUAGUACCGCGAAUAAGCAAAAUCCGCUCCCCGCAGGCGGUCACAGGCGCUCUUGUCAAAAACUAUUUGGCGUUGAAAUACAAAAUUGAACCGUGCCAAAUUUUUCACGCAACUGUUAUGCCGUGCUUCGACAAGAAGCUUGAAGCAUCGCGUGAGCAAUUCCUAGUACCCGGAACCAAAAUUCGGGAGACCGAUUGCGUCGUGAGCACAGGUCAUUUAAUUGGUGAGAGCGGAGGGUCUUCAGGCGGUUAUGCUUAUCGAGUGGCCAUGGAUUAUGCUUCCAAGUAUAAUGGAACUAUAAACACUUCCCAAUUAAACAAAAACAUGGAACUGCUUGAAGUUUUAGCGGGCGACGAGAUUCUUUUAAGGGUGGCAAAGGGAUUUGGUGGACGAAUGGCAACAACUGAAUCCAAAUUGGAAACAGCUUUUGUUCACAGAUUACGCAGCCGUUAA